GUGACCUUGUAAUGUUUGUAAAUAACAUAGACACGUUGAGCUGUUUUUGUGUUCGAUAUAGUGUUUGAUUUGCAAGUUUCACAAAUUGUCGUUAGUUAAAAAGAUUAAAUAUGAAUUUUGAAGAAAUGGCUGUUAUUGAUGAACAUAGUGUUUGCGAAGGUCCGGCGCGAAAGGAAUCGGGGAAACGUGGAAGAAAGCCAGGCAGGAAAUCGGCGGAAAAAGUGGACAUGAAAGCCAAAUUAGAACGCAGUAGACAAAGUGCCAGAGAAUGUAGAGCUCGUAAGAAAUUACGUUACCAAUAUUUAGAAGAACUAGUUGCAGAUAGAGAAAAAGCGGUAUUUGCUCUAAGAAAGGAGCUCGAACAGGUAAAAUACAUAUUUAAAUUUAUAGUGAUAAUAAUAUACACUACAUACAUAAUAAAUAAAUUUUUAUACUUUCAUUAUAUCUCUGUACACUUGAUAUUGUUAUAUUUUGAAAAUUGACAAUUUACAUUCAAAUAUACAUUAUUAUUCCCAAAGUAAGUAAUUAUUUAAGGCGUGAUUUUGCAGAUUCAAGAAAAUAUUUCACUUAUUAUAAGUUUGUUUAUAGGUGAUAUUAAUAAAAGUCCUAAAACAUAUUAGUUUACAAAAAAUGAUUUUAUACUACUACUCAAGCCAGUUUCUCACGGUCAAAAUUGAAAUCCUUAAUUCCUUUCAAUUUUAUAUACAUUUUAGGCCAGGUAAAUACACGUGUCUUCCUAAAUAUCGUCGUAAACUUUGGCAACUGUUGUGAUUUCUAUUUUAAAAUUAAACUUUCCUUAUUGCGUAUCUUAUAUUCAUAAAAAUGUUAAUAAAAAAGUCGUAUGCUAGUAAAGUUAACAAUUUAUAACUGGAAAUAUAAUUAAUUUAGAUUGGAAAGUUAUUAAAAAGCAUACUCUACUAAUGACUUAUAUCGUAAUCCACAAAUUGAAAAGGAGAUAAGUAUACAAAAUAAUUCAAUAGAUUCUGUGAUCAAUGGAAGUAAACCAAAAUAAAUUACCUUCUAAAAUCCAAUCCUCGAAGAAAUUCUCAAAUCUUUUUUCACAUAAACCCAGAACCGCCAAACCUUUCUAUGCUAGAAUUACAUAAUAUAUAAGCGAAUUAAAUUUCUUCCUUCCUGACAAUAAAAAGCAUCAAAUUUAUUACCCAGCUUAUGUUAUUCGACAAAUAUCACACCAACCAUUCGAAAAGAUUCUUUAGUAAAAUACUCGAUGAAUACGAAAACUUUGUACAUAUUUACACAGACGUAUCGAAAUCUCAAGAUGGUAUUGCUAGCAUUACACCAACCUCCAUCCACUUUUACUGCUGAAUGCUUCUUCGUCAAACCAACCAAAUCACCUCAUACUCACAGAUUUCCUUAGCUUUAUCCAAACUGUUCGAAAAAUUCACACCACAAAUUCCUUGGCAAUCAAAAUCUAGCAGCAACUGCAAUACAUAAUGGAAUAAAAGGAAUCGAAGAGGCAGACUUGGUUUGAAUGUUUUUCGGAAUGUGAUCUUAGGCUAUAAUUUAUUGAAUAUAUGUUUUUAAAUCUAAAGAUUGCAUUGAUUAAAGACUUUUUAGAUAUACACCGUUAAUGGGGGAUUAACACAUUAUCUAGUAAAAAGAAAUAUCCACAUAUUUCUUUUACACCCGUGAUGCAAUUUUUAACAAUUGUUAUUAUUUUAAAUGUUUUUCAAUAUCCCGUUCAGUUUUACUUCAUUACAUUGUCUCUCUAUCGAUAAUUUCAAACUGAAUAUAACAUAUCAUCAUUUUUAUUAAUCUAUUAUUAGUUGCAUCAUUUAAAGUAUUCAAAAUUAUAUUGGAAUCGUUUAAAAAAUAACAAACUGAACAAUAUUAGAUCGAAGCUAGAUUUGUCAUGGAUAGAGGAGAAAUGGCCAAAAUUCCAAGUCCUAUCAGUAUCCCAAACAGUCAUGGGAAAUGUGUCUCUAGAAAGUCUUUAAUCUGAUGAUGAUUAUUGUAUGGUAUAAUAAUGAUUUUUUUUAGUAUGUUUUUUGGGCGAAAGAAAUUGAUGCCGGUAGAAUUCCAGAGGGUAUUCAUGAAGCUCUUGAAGACUUGAAUAUUAAUCAAGAACAAAAGUGAAGUGAAUGUGCUAUUGUGAUAAUUGAGGAACUAUACAGAUACAAGGAAAGUGUUAUUUUUUAGGAGACAUGUACACAAUUUAUAUUUAUUUUUAUUAUACUAUAUGAUGGAAUAUAUUUUAUCUAACCCA